AUGAGAAAAGGAAAAUCAAAAAAACAGAAAUCAUCAGAUGAUGAAGAUGACGAACAAGUAACUCACGAGGAAGAUGGCGAAGAAGAUGAAGAAGACGAAGAUGAUGAAGAGGAUGAAGAUGAUGAAGAAGAUGACGAGGAUGGAGAAGAAAGUACAAAUAAAAGAAAAAAAGGAAGUCAUCAACAAAAACGAAAAAAAAAGAAAAUUUCUGGAAAAAAUUUUAUUAUUGAUGAAGCUGAUGUUGAUGAAGAGGAGGAAGAAGAGGAAGAAGAAGAUGCACCUGAAGAAGGUUUUGUUGAAGAAACUGGUAUUCAUGAUACAACAGCAGCUGAUUUUUAUCGAGCUGGACGACCUAAAUUUCCAAUUGCUGAAGAUGAAAUGGAUCCAGCUGAAAUGGAAAAAUAUUUAAAAGAACGUUAUGGUCCAAGAAGUCGAGGAAAUCGUGGUGAUUAUGAUGAAUACGAUGAUGAUGAACAAGUUCCAGAUGAAAUAACACAACAAAGUUUAUUACCGGAUGUUAAAUCACCUAAUCUUUGGCCCGUUAAAUGUCGAAUUGGAGAAGAGAAACAAACAGCUUUAUUACUUAUGAGAAAAUAUCUCGCUUUAGAAAAUGAUGAAAAAGCAUUACAAAUAAAAUCAGUUAUUGUUAAAGAAGGUGAUCGUGGUUAUAUUUAUGUUGAAGCAUUUAAAUCAAAUCAUGUGAAAGCAGCAUGUGAAGAUAUUCGUUCAUUAAAUGUACAAAAUCUUCAAAUGGUACCUAUUAAAGGAAUGACAGAUAUACUUCGUGUUGUUAAAACAACAUAUGGAAUAAAAAAAGAUUCAUGGGUACGUGUUAAACGUGGCGUUUAUCGAGAUGAUUUAGCUAAAGUUGAACAUUGUGAUAUGGCACAAAAUACGGUUACACUCAAAUUAAUACCAAGAAUUGAUUAUAGUAGAAAACGUGGAGAACCACGUGGAGCAUCAAGUGAUCAAAGUGAUAUCGUACCUGAACGACAUCAAGCAUUUAAGAAAAAAAAUCGUUUUGCUUUUAAACGACCACCAGCUAAAUUAUUCGAUGAAGCAGCUGUCGAAGCUGCAGGUGGACAAAUAAAACGAUUCCAUGAAUACAAAGCGUUUGAAGGUGGAAAAUUUGAUAGUAAAGGUUUUCUUAUUAAAGACUUUCCACUUCAUGCUGUUUCGGCCGACGGUAUAACUCCAAGUAUAAGUGAAUUAGAUAAAUUUGAAGAAACAAUUGAUGGACCUGAAAGUAAUGUUUCAAUAAAUAAGAGAAAAGCAUCAAAAAAUGAUUUAUUAUCAUUUGCACCUGGUGAUCAUGUUGAAGUAUGUGAAGGUGAAUUAAUAAAUUUACAAGGUACAAUUGUUGGUAUUGAUGGAGAUUCAAUUCGAAUAUUACCAAAACAUGAAGCUUUAAAAGAUGAAAUACCAUUUAAAGCACAUGAAUUACGAAAAUAUUUUUCAGUUGGAAAUCAUGUUAAAGUUUUAAAUGGUAGAUUUGAAGGUGAAACUGGUAUGAUUGUUGGUAUUGAUGGAACAAAAGCGAUUGUUUUAAGUGAUGGAACGAAAGAUGAAAUGUCUGUUCGAACAUCUGAUCUUCAAAUUACAAAAGAAACAGCAACAGGUGUUGAUUCAACUGGACAAUUUCAAUUGAGAGAUUUAGUUAAUAUAUCAGCCGAUAAAGUUGGUGUUGUUAUACGUAUUGAAAAAGAACGUUUACAUAUAUUAAACAUGGAUGGAAAAGUUCAAAUUGUUCCAGUACAAUCAGUCACAAAAAGAAAAGUAAAUCGAAAUGCAACAGCACUUGAUUCACAAAAUAAUAAUUUAAAUGUUGGUGAUAUUGUUAAUGUCAAUGAUGGACCAUUUGCAAAUCGUCAAGGUCAAAUAAAACAUCUUUAUCGUCAUUUUGUUUUUAUAUUUUGUCGUACAUUAACUGAAAAUGGUGGUUUAUUUGUAUGUAAAGCAAGAAAUUUAUCAUUAGCUGGUGGAACAUCAAAAGUUUCAUCAGUUCCAUCAUCAAAUCCAAUGAAUGCACCUUAUAUGUCACCACGUGUUAUGUCAUCUCCAUCACCGCAUACAUCAUCAGCUGGCUCUUCAUCAAUACAUUCAAAUAGUCCAGGAUCAUCUGGUGGACGAACACCAAGUUCAAUUGGAAGUGGAGGACCAAAAGCGCCACUUUCUACAGUCAAUAAUAUUCGUCGUGAUACAACUUUAAUUGGACAAACAGUUAGAAUAUCUCAAGGACCGUAUAAAGGUUAUGUUGGAAUUGUUAAAGAUGCAACAGAGUCAACAUGCAAAAUUGAACUUCAUGCUAAAUGUCAAACAAUUACUGUUGAUCGAAAUCGAAUUGUAUCAACAACAAAUGUUCCACGCCAGGCUGGUGAAAUGUCUCAUCAUUUUACAACACCACGUCAUGGUUCUCAAACUCCAUCAUAUGCUACAUUUGGUUCACGUACACCAAUGAUUGGUAAUCAAACUCCAAUGCAUGAUGGAUCACGAACACCUUAUUAUGGAAAUAUGACACCUCGUCAUGAUGGCUCAAUGACUCCACAUGCUCAUGGUGGUGCAUCAGCAUGGGAUCCAACUUAUGCAACAACACCUAGAGUUGAUUAUGACGAUGAUGAUGGUCCAUCACCAUUUUCUACAUUAAAUCCUACUACACCUUCCUAUAGUCAUUUACCAGAUGCAUUAGCAAGCGGUCUUGGAAGUUCAAAUACAACAGGUUCAUCAUCACAUGCAAAUUCUUCAUCAGCAACAACAUCAGCUUCCAUUUCAUUACUUUCAUCGGCAAGUGGACCAUCAAGUGUAGUUUCAAAUGUAUCAGCUAGUGCUUAUUCACCAUAUUCAAAUCAUCCAACACCAUCACCAGCUAUGACUAUGGAUUAUCAACCAUAUAGUUCUCAUAUUCCAACACCAGGUGCAGCAGGUGGUAGUUUUUCUUCAUCAAAUAAUAAUAUAACUAAUGAUCAAUCAUCAGCUGGAAAUUAUGUUUAUUCUCCAUCAAUAAAUAUAACUCCUGUAACACCAAGUGCACAAUAUGCACCAAUGUCAACUGCAUUCGAUCUUGAUUCAAUAUCAAAUAAUGAUUGGCAUACUGAAGGUUUGUAUGUCCGAAUAAAAAUAGCUAAUGAAGAUCAAUCAAUUCAUGUUGGAAUGAUUGGUGUGAUUCAAAGUUUAUCAAAUGGAGUUUGUACAGUACAUUUCACUCAACAAGAUCGUCGAGUUGUUAUACCUCUUGAUCAUAUGGAGCCUGUUACACCAAAAUUAAAUGAUAAAAUUUAUGUGAUUGGUGGAGAUAGUAAAGGUGCAUCUGGUGAUUUACUUGCAGUUGAUAAUCAGGAUGGUGUUGUAAAACUUGACGGCAAUGUUUCCGAUGAUGGUAUAUCAUUAAUUAAUCUUAAAUAUUUAUGCAAGUGCACCUAA